UAUGUCAAAUGCCUUUGCUUAUUGCUGUCUUUGGUUUAGUUUAGUUUGCUGUUCACUUUACUUGGUUGUUUAUGUGAUACUCAUGCUAGUUGCUUCUAUCUUUUUUAUUACUGGAUUUUAUUGGUUUCUCUUAGGAUGGGGAUUUUACUGGGUGGUGGAUAACUUAUGGCUAUUUAGAAGUUGGAAGAUUGAACUUCUGAAGUUGCAAAAUAAUGAUACAGUAUUUUUGUUUCUUGAUCAUUCUCACCAAGUACUAAGAGGUUGUUUUUGCUUUUUUUUUUUCUUGAUGCAUUUACCAGUUGGGUAAGCGGGGUCUUGGAUCCAGAAGGCAGUGCAUCUGGAGAUGUUGUUACAUCAGUUAAAAGCUGGUCUGUGUUUUUUGCAUAAUAAAAGAAAGGGAAGACAUAAAGCAUAGUAAGAAGAAUAGCAUUAGAAAAGGCAAGUAAAAAAGCCUUGGAUCCAGUUGCUCCAGUUUAUAAGUACUGCCUUGUAUCAGUAUCUAACAUAUUAACUUCAACAUGCCAAAAUGAGAAUUUGAUAGCUUUCAUCAAGUUUGGUGAGGACUGCAUACUUUUCUGGGGUGUAAAUGAUCACAGUGAAAAUGGUGUUGAAAAAAAACUUUUGGGUUAUUUUUGUUCUACUCCUUUUAGGAUUUGUAGAUAAUUUGCACACUGCAAAACGCGCUCCUCGGCCUAGGCCUCGCCGGAUUCUCUUGGAUACAGAUGUUGAUACGGAUGAUUUCUUGGCUCUGCUUUACCUCUUAAAGCUUAACAGAUCAGAGUUUGAGUUAGAGGGUGUGACUAUCAACACAAAUGCCCGGACUGAUGCUAGACAUUCUGUGAAUCAAAUCUAUGACAUCCUUUACAUGAUGGGGCGCGAUGAUAUCGCUGUUAGAGUUGGCGGCGAAGGUGGAAUACUAAAAGAUGGUACCAUUCUUCCUAAUGUUGGUGGAUAUCUUCCCAUAAUAGAACAGGGUGUUACAACCACUGGGGGAUGUAGAUAUAGACAAGCUAUCCCAGUAGGUAUUGGAGGUCGUCUGGAUGUUGAUACAAAUUUUGGCAUUAGAAAAGCUUUUCUUCCUCAGGUAUAUAUAAACUUUUAUUUCCACUGAUCUGUUAUGCUUAUUCUAUGUAUGAUAAAAGAGAUGUUUGCUUGAGUUGAGUUGAGUUGCUUAUUUAAACUUUAUAUGCUUACAGGUGGAAACUAGCUUAAGUCUUAUGUUCUUAAUAAUAAAAGGAAUUUUUUUUUACAAUGUGCAGGUAUAUUGAGAUGAUAUCUUUGGAGCAAUUCUUGACAACAUUUGUAGUUGAGGCCUUUAGAAUGGAAGAAUGUAUUUCACUAAUUUUUGUAUACAUUUCUUGUUUUGUAUUUAGUGAUAAAGGAAUCUGAAUUGGGCAUAAAUUAUGUUGUAAUAUGAUUUCUUAAGCCUAGACUAGUAGACUAAAUAUUGUAAUUACAUUUGAGUAAUUAAUAAAAAUCUAUUUAUGUUA